UGAAAUCAUAUGAUGACAAAAAUGGACAUUCAAUGAUUCAUUUUAUCCUGUUGUUGUAUAUAACUCGGUGCAUAAAUUUUAAUUCCUCAGUCAAACACCACAUCUAGAAUGAGCGUGAUUUUCACAAACCAUCAAAAAACAACAACAACAACAUCAAACAUUUGAUAAACCAAACCAAAAAUACCAUUUAGAUAUUAAAUGUUGAAAUGGUUCACACCCUGAGCAUUAAUGAUGUGAGUGUGCCAUCGGUGAGUUUGGAAUUGGCAUCGACCAGUGAACAACCGCAUUCCAAAGAAGACGAAUCAAAUGUCGAUAAUAGCGCGCCGAAAUGUUGGAGAUAUUUAGUACGGAACUGGUCAGAAAUAUCACAGCAAGUGGCACUACUCGGUAUCGGCAUCAUAUUAUGGAUACUUGGUACAAUACUACUGCCCAACUACAUAACAUUAACAUCGCCACCAACGCGAAUGGCCAUUUUAUUCGUUGGAGGUCAAAUGUGUGGCAUUGUAUUGCGACUAUUAAGUUGGCCCGAAAUGCUCGGAAUGAUUGGAUUUGGCAUGCUCUAUGCAAAUUUAGGACAAGCCAAUUUCUAUGGUUACACACAACUUGAGGCAUUUUUUCGAGAUUUGGCAUUGGUUAAUAUAAUGCUGCUGGCUGGAAUGGGAAUCGAAUUGAAAGCGCUCGUGCAGAAAUUAUGGCCUGUGUUACGUUUAUCCAUUCUACCAACGGUUGGAGAGGUACUUAUCAUCGCUGUUAUCGCCAAAUAUGUACUUGCAAUGCCAUUUCUAUGGAGUUUCUUGCUUGGUUUUAUUGUAACGGCCGUAUCACCAAAUGUUGUCAUCGACAUUGUAUUAUGGUUGAAAGUUGAAAAACUCGGUCUCUACAAAGGCAUUCACACAAUUAUUAUUGCCGUUACAACAAUCAAUGAUGUUUUGUCGAUAUUUUGUUUCAAUGUUAUUCUCGGCAUUAUAUUUUCAACAGGGCCACUGCACCACCAAUUAUUACAAGGGCCAGUUGGCAUUGCGAUUGGCAUUGUUUAUGGAUUUGUGUACGGUUUAGUGGUUAGCAAAUUGUUGCCAUCGGAAAAAUCGAAAUAUGCGAAUGGGCUACGGUUUACGAUGAUGGUUUUCGGUGGUAUUCUGUCAGUUACUGGCAGCCGAUACCUUGGUUUCACGUCGGCUGGUGCGUUGGGUUGCAUGGUAUUGGCGUGUGUUUGCGGUCGCACUUGGCAGAAGCCAAAGCACAUAAGAAACGUUGACGUACUGGACAAACUGAAUUUGCUGUGGAAGUUUGUGAAACCAAUUUCGUUCGCUUUAAUUGGAAAGGAAGUGUUGUUUCGAAAACUUGAUGCUCAACUUGUUGGUUACGGCAUAUUAAUCGUUAUUAUUGGCUCUUUGUGUCGUCUGCUUUUGUCUUAUGCCCUCACCUUUGGAGCCGAUCUAAAUUGGAAGGAACGCUUGUACAUAACGAUUUCAGGAUUUCCCAAAGCAACAGUUCAGGCAGCUCUCGCACCAGUUGCUUUGGAUAUGGUUCGAUAUAGAGAACUUCCGGAAUAUUAUGAGUUGGCAAAUAUUGUGUUAGUCAUUAGCGUAUUGGCAAUUGUACUAACAGCACCGUCAGGGGCGAUAUUUAUGGUGAAGCUAGCGCCAAAAUUUCUUCAGAAGACUCAAAACGAUGGCUAAUGUUUUUAUUAGAUAAAAUUCGUUGUUAACCUAAGAAUUUUUUCUUUUCGUUUCAAAUAAAAUCAAUAACU